AUGUCUAGUAGACGUUCACCUUCCCCCGUUGAUCCGUGGGAGGAAGAUGCCCAUUUCGACGACCCAAUGAGCCCAGCCGGCUCCGUGUCUAAGCUCAAACCCAAGCCGAAGGCCAUGUUUUCCGGUCCGCCUCCCCCUAUAACCGCCUCUAUACUGGUCCAGCCGGGAAGGCGAGGCUCCCGAGAAGGAUCAACAUCGGGGCGCGACGGUCAUGAGACGGGCGCGAUGUCCAGCAGGGUUAGAUUUGGAAGUGUUUUGUUUGACCAGGGCUCACGCCGCUCGAGCGUCUCAUCCCACGUGGACUCGGUAUGGCGGAAUCUACAACAUAGGGAGCGCGCUCUCCAUAAGGAAAUCCAGAGUCUACUCGACAUGCAAGCCACAGGUCUCGCGCCCAGUAGUGAGGCUCUCGAUGCCUCCGCCGCAGAUGCUGAUAAUACGUGGAGCGAUUCGGGGAGUAGCACACCGACGGGCACCUUUUACUCUACAGCCUCGUCCAGAUCACGCAUGAUGGCUUCACUGGAUCCGCCAGUGCGUGCGACUGCUCGCGGCGACAUCAUACCUGUUCGACAGCCCGUGGCUUCCAGUAAGCAAGGUCUCCACGCCGCGCGGAACGGAUUGCGACAUUCGUUGGCCGCUUUGACCGACUUGAAAACGGAAGAAAACGCCUACAUCGAGUCGGCUCUCUCACAGCGCAGGAAGGCUCUCUCAUACUUGGACAAGCUAGACAAGCGCAGGGAAGACAUUUCCGCAGAGCUGAACAGCUUGGCAGACGACGAAGAAGAGCCACUAGCGAAAGAACUCCGGGGGCUCGGUGAGCAGCACGAUGCGCUGGGUCAAGAGAUCCGCGAAUUGGAGGAGAAGCUCGUGGGGAUGAGGAAUCGUCAUCGAUGGCUGGAACGCAAGAUGACGGACGUUCGAAAUCGCCGCGAGGCGGGUUUGAGCGGAUACAGAGGCGCGCUGAAGGAAGUCGAGGGCGAGGUCACUUCUCUGCUGCACCGACCCCCAAUCGAGCCCCUGGACCCUGAUGUAGUUGACGUUGUGUCACGUACCGAGCCUUCAACCGCAAACGGCGCAGGAGACUUGCCCGGAGGCACCGAAUUCUUCCGCAUGAUCCCGGCGCGACGCACCCUGAGCAUGGCGAGAGACUGGUGGGAAAGUGAGGCGGAUUUCCUGCAGAAGCGAAAAGCGCAGGUCGAUAAGGACCGCGAGGCGCUCGAUCAAGGCACGGCGUUGUGGCAGGAGACAAUCGACGUCGUCACCACCUGUGAAGCAGAACUGCGGAAAGCACUGAGUAUUGGCGCGGUCAAGGGCAAGCAAACCCCGCGGACGAUGCAAGAAGCCACCGAAGCGAUACUUCCAAGAAUGGGUAAAGUCAUCCUGGAGCUCGAAGAGCACUUGCACACCGCGAACAAGAAUAGCUGGAACCUCCUGAUCUGCUCCAUUGGUGCCGAGCUCGAGGCUUUUAGAGAAGCAGAGCGCUUGCUCCGAAGCAGUCUGCCCCAGCCCAAGUCAGACGUCGACGACGUGCAGGAGCCAUGGGCUGACGGUGACGGCCACGAGGAGACGGUACAGAGAGAUGUUGUCGACGCCAGCUCGGUCGAGAGUCACAAUGAUGAGAGUGACAACGAAGUUCCGCCAGACCUGCUCGUGUCGCACCUCGAGGAGCAUGAUGAUUUGCAUGCCCGCGCCGAGCCUCUUCAGGCUUCUACCAGACGAGACAGCGACAACGAUGUACCACCAGAGUUCUUGGCGGAGCAUAGUAAUGAAAGCAGUACCCUUGACUGA